UAAGAAUGUACGGCUUUGACGGUCUUGACUUAGACUGGGAAUACCCUGCGGAUAGAGGUAGUGGACCGGAGGAUAAGGCAAACUUUAUCACACUAAUUAAGAUUGUGCGCAAUGCAUUUGUACAUGAAGAAAACAGGGGAGAUAAGCAUCGAUUACUGUUGACAGCAGCUGUUUCCCCAACCGAGUACAGAACACGAGAGUCCUACGACAUUCUGGGACUAUCCAAAUAUUUGGAUUUUAUAAAUCUGAUGAUGUACGAUUUUCACGGACAGUGGGAAGACAUCGUUAAUGUACACAGCGCCCUCUACAGUGACAAUGAUCUAAAUAUAGACCGUUUUGUCAAAUACUGGAUUUCUGAGGGAGCUCCUAAGAAUAAAUUAAUUCUUGGCGUCCCUUUCUACGGCCAUGCUUUUACCCUAGCUGACAAACAAAACGCAAACUUAGGUGAUAACAGCACUGCAGGGACAACACUGGCAUACUAUACGAUUUGUAAAUUGUUGGCCAGAAAUUCUACAAUUAAAGUAAGACUUGAUAAGGAGAGGGUUCCCUAUUUUGUUUAUGACGAUCAAUGGGUGGGCUACGAUGAUGUUCAAAGUAUAACAGAAAAGGCACAGUACAUCCGAGACAAUGGUCUUGCCGGUGCUAUGGUAUGGGCAAUAGAUUUGGAUGAUUCCACAGGUGUAUGUGGGGAAGGGAAAUUUCCAUUGAUGCAUGCAUUGAAGAAAGGACUUAUACAAGGGAACCCAAUUGUCGGAUGAAGAAUCGUGUAUUAUGUUUUGUAGAAUAAAAAUACAUGAGAUCCGUCUUAAAAACUGA